UUUUCUUAUUAAUUUUGCCAAAAUUUUCUUUCUAUUUCGCUUGGCUGGACCCGAAUUGGCAGUCCUAAUCCCCAUUCCCUUUGUCUCUCCACUCAGUCGAAGGACAAAUCUAACCGAGAAGAAAAACCCUUUUGAGUUUUUCCCGUCGUGUCUUUGUCCUUUACGUUCUACACCAUGAUCGGGGUGGAGGAGUCCAAGGCUCUCUUCGCCCUUCUCAGCGCGGAGACGAGAUCACUCGAAGAUAUAUUCUCGGAGUUCAGCUCACGGUUUUCCCGCGACGUCCAUUUCAGAGUCUGUUGCUCAAUCGCCAUGCUUCUCGAGGACAAGAGGAUGCUCAAAACUAGCCAGCGUUUGGUUUCCUUUGGUAUUCUACAUCAGACAUAUUCUUCUCAACCGCCUUCUUCUAACCCUUUUAUCUCUUUACUUAUAGAUGCUGCUUGUGAUGAUUCAUCUGAGAAGGUUGAAUUGGCAUUUAUUCAGCAGAUUCUGGGGUUUGUCACAACAAGCAAUAACAAAGAGGUUUUGAAACAAUCAGUUUUAGAUUACAUCGAAGGAUUUGAUUCGUCAUCUUGUACUCUAUUGCAGAGAGAAGAACUGCAGCAGCAGCAUAACAUUGGAGUUCAACCAGAGCUUUACAACAGUAUUUUUAAGGCUGCAGCUGUAAAAAACGUUAUCCCAGAUCCAGAUAUACCUAAUGGUUGUGAUUCAAGUUUGUCAGAGUUUAACACUCCAGCUGCUGGAACUAAACCCAGAAUAGGCUGUGGAGACAAAGAUGCAGGCAUUACUGGUUUGCUACAGAACUUAUCUCUUGAAGGGUUGGAUCCCCAGUGGAUUAGGCCAGAACCACCAAGACUCCCAGUGCUGGAUGGAGAGCUUGUGUGGCUCAAUCCUGACAGUAGUCAUGAGUUGUUAUGGGAUUAUGGCAUGUGUGCUGACACUAGCCGGGGAGCUGCUGUUAGAGAUUUAAUAGCAAAAGCCUUGAAAGGUCCACUUGCGCCUAGUCAACAAGAGCAAGUACUUAUUGAACUUAACAAUGAACCUAAACUAGUUUAUCAUUGUGGGCUCACGCCGCGGAAGUUACCGGAACUCGUGGAGCAUAACCCUCUCAUUGCAGUAGAGUGUCUUAUAAAAUUGAUGAAUUCUCCUGAAAUCCCCGAGUAUUUCACCGUCCUUGUGAAUAUGGAAAUGAGUCUUCGUUCUAUGGAAGUUGUGAAUAGGCUUACAACCGCGGUUGAGUUGCCAACAGAGUUUGUGCACAUGUACAUUACAAACUGUAUAUCAUCCUGCGAAAGCAUCAAGGACAAGUAUAUGCAGAACAGAUUAGUAAGAUUGGUGUGUGUCUUUCUACAGAGCCUCAUCCGGAAUAAAAUCAUCAAUGGUGCGCGUACAAAUGCUUCAAGAUCUGUUUAUAGAAGUCCAAGCUUUUUGUAUUGAAUUUUCGCGAAUUAGGGAAGCUGCUGGUUUGUUCAGGCUCCUAAAAGCCCUCGAGAAUUCACAAGAGCAAUGCAAAUGUUAGCUGCAUAGACUGAAAUGUAUUAUACGCCUUUGGGUAAACAUUCUCCAACAAUCUGUCUAAUUUUUUUUUUUUUUUUUACUGUUAGUUUUUGUAGGGAAGCUGCCAUCUAGUUUUAUGUAAGCACUAAUGGGUGAUAUAACACCCCAUCGCCAAUGGUAGAAUCUUCACAUGCUAACUUCAGUCCUCUGGUUCAUUUUUUUCUAGAAUAGAGAGUUUUGCUUUUGUAUUUUCAUCCUUAGGUUAUGAUAAUCAUUUGCUUUUGAUAA